GACUAAAUGCAAUAAUUAUUUUUAAAUGAGAGUAAAUUAUCCUAAUAUAUAUACAGUUUUUGUCUUUAUUGGCAAUAUUGAAUUUUGAGUUAUGCAUUUGAAUUCACUUCGUCGGGGGGAAAAAGAAACUACAUUAACCAUGAUUCCAUUCGAGGAAACCCACCGGGUCAAAGACAAAAAAAAGUUACAGCAUUGGUGUCUAGGUAGCAGCCCGAGUUCAUUUUAACCCAGUCUGUCUGCAAAAGACUACGUGGAAACCACGGGGCCAGCCAGACACAGAUGGCGUCAGAUGAUCCAAGUGUUUCGUUAGAUUCCAUGGAGAACCAGGGGGAAGGAGGUGGGAGCGCCUUGACGCCCACCACCCUGUCUGACUCACCGGUUCCAAAUGCUGGGUCUGAAACUGACCGGAGCAAUGAUUCCCGGACAGCAACUGGAGAGUCGGCAGAGCAGAACAAGGAUGGAUUAAAAGCGUGCCAGUUUUUCCGGAUGGGGAAGUGUCACUUCGGAGGCAGAUGUCGUUUAUCCCACAGUGACCCGUCACCGCAUGAUUCUGCGGUUCCGUCCCCUGACACGGAUGACAAACAGAAUGAAGAGACGGUAGAAAAACAGAAGAAGAAAAAAGCCACCGUGACCAAAUCUGCGAAGCCCAAAGACGACGAGGGGAAAGAUGUGAACAAAAAGCCCCGCAUGCGCACCGCUGAUGACGUUAUCUCUCGCAUCCUUUGGGACACGUCAGUGGAUGCUUCAGAGUUUGUGGUGGGCUACGUGGAUCGCUUCCUGGGCGUGCUGGAGCGCCCUUUCUGUGACUUCAACUGGGACACCAACCCGUGUGAUUGUGACUACACCACCGAUCUGGCUCUGCCCAGACACAGGAUCCAGUACUUCGCCUACAGGGGGCAUCGCGUCUGGGAGCGCCACAGCAGAACUGAUAGAGUUUUUGGCUCCACCGGUCAAUCUUUGGCUCCCCCCUUUGGAAAGGAGGAAAUAAAAGUAAAGGAGGAAAACAAUGCAGAGAACCAAGAGCGACAGCAAGACACCGGUUCUGAAACGGUUCUGAAACCUGUGGCCGGUCAGGAUGAGAGCUCACCGGAGGAACGCACCCGUCCCAAAAACGGAAACGAAGACUCGCUGAAUGAGAUGAUUCACAGCUCUGCCUCCGGACACUGUGGAGGAAAGACUUGUGAGGAACAGCAGGAAUGUUGCGGAUCAUGUGUUGCAGAGGAGGCUGUCAACAGACUCCAGCUGUCAUCUGAGGAGAGUUCAUCUUUUCAAGACAAGGACCAGGAUGCAAGAGAGGAAGGAGAGGAGAGUCGUUGUGAAGAAUUUGAAGAAAGCUUGGCAGGCAACGAAGACACACAGGAUCCACCUCUGAAGUUGGCGGAGGAGAAGUGUGGCGUACGGCCUCCUAAGAAACAGCCCACCCACUUCGUCUCCUUCCGGGCCAACACUCCUGCUAUCCUCUCCUGCUUCCAGCAGCUGCAGGAGGAGCUCAUCGCCCUCCUUCCCUCCUCCGCCCCCCACUGGCAGACCGCCUCCAGGCUCCACGUCACCCUGUGCCUCUUGGUGCUGCGCGGUCCGGCCGAGGUGGCGGCCGCGGCGGAGAUCCUCCGGCGGUUCGCCCAGCUGGAUCGCAACCCGCCCGUCGUCUUGACCUUCCCCGCCAAGCUGAAGCAUUUCAGCGGCAAGGUGCUUUACCUGAGCCCCCAGCCUCAGCUGCGCCUCCACCAGCUGAACUGCGGCCUGCAGGAGGCCUACAGGAAGGAGGGCUGGCUACACAGGAGCUCCUACAACCCGCGGUACCACCUCACCCUGGCCAAGGUAGAACGCAGUGUGGAGGAGAGGAUUUUUGAAGGAGUGGGAGAGCUGAAGGUGGGGAAGGGCCUGAACUUUGGCCGGCUGCCGGUUAACACCUUACACCUUUGUAGCGUCGGCGGCUCAGGACUGAAUGAUUUUUAUGAGAUCCUUUGCACUGUGUCUCUUCGCUAACGGAGAAGUAGCUCUCAUCACUUGCACUACAUCACACGAAUGACUUGACGUUAACCACAUAUAUGAAUAACUAGUGCUGCUGGAUGGUAUUAAACAGCACAUGGCUUGGUGCAAUAGGUUGUUUACACUCUGAGGAAUUGAUUUCUUAAAAAAAAAAAAUCAGACUUUUUUGUUUUUUUUUAAUCUGAAGCUAAAUCAGAGUUUAUAGCAAUUAUGCUAAGCAAUACAUUUUUUAAAAUGUAAACAGAGACAGUUCUCAAACAUAAAUUAUACCUGACUGUUAUUCAUAUUUUUUCUUAAUUUACACACUUUGAUAUUUUGGGGUCUGGGGUCAUUCAGGACUCCAACUGUGUCCCCUGGAAAUAAAUAAUUUUUUAAAAAGAUCACCAAAGAAAUAUUUAUUUUACCCAUAUAUACAAUUAAUAACUUCAUUCCUCACCACACAUAUCCAAUUUUAAUUGUACUGAAGGCAUUUUAAAAACUGGAUAAAAAGAAAUCGGAGCCAAUGGCAUAAACAUUGCUGAAGGGAUGCAGAUUGUUCUGUUUAGUUUUAACUUAAAUUAAAAACAAAAUACACAUAAAACAGGAAACUUUCACCCAAAACACAAAACCUGGCUAAAUUGUUUGUAGCAAAGAUGUAGAAAAAAUUUUUAAAUUUUAAUUUAAACUAAACAUGUAGAUUUUAUUGACAGUUUGAAAAAGUUACAGAAACUAAUUUUUAUUGAAGUGAAUGCAACAAAACAGAACAUUCUGGAAGCAGUAAUGCCUUAUUUGAAUCCUUUACUUUUGCGAAACCAACAUGAAUUAUUUAUCUCAAAUUAAAGCUAGAAUCAGUUGUUGGACUUUUAAAAGGCUUGUGCACGGUUCUCAAGACAGAAGCAGUUCCACUGAAUUGUUGGAAAUUUGAUUAGACAUUUGAGCACAAAUAGGAGUCUAUUUGUAGUAAUGAUGAUUUAUUAAGUUGUAUGAGAAUGGAGCAUUUAAUUUUAUGACAGGCCUUUUUUUUUAUCACAAUUUAACUGAAUUUAAUUGGUAUAAAGCUAAUCGGAUUGAAAAAAAACUAACCAAUCAAUAGGCAAUCAGAUAUCAACAUAACAUGGUCUCCGUCUAAACUGAAAUGAGCUGUUUGUCAUUUUUCUUCUGCCUUUUCUGCCUUAUUGGGGUCAACAUUGGCCUUUUUUUUUAACUUUUAUCAUCAAACACUUUUUUUUAAACACUUUUUGAAACACUGAAAUAAAUUGCUGCUAAGUAAUAGACAUUUGUCUUUUUUUUCUCUUUGCUGUAAAGCUUUAAAUAACUAGGAUUGUUCUCUGCAGCCUUUCAUGAUUAAUUCAGCCAUGAAUAUUGUAUGUACUGUGUUUCACAAGAACGAUCACUUUGUAUUCUUCUACCAAUUUAUUACAGCGGCUGGUUUGCUUUUCCAAUUAAACGUUAAAUGGAGGAUUUU